GGACCCACAGACACACUCCCCGGGGAACGGCACCGGGCGGGCGGGCGGGCGGGGGAGACAUCGGCUGCGCGAGCCUCAACUUGUUGUUUUAACAGAAAUAAUGCUGAUAUCUGGAAUCCAUGUCGAACGUCUAUGAAGAGAGGGUAACGAUGAUCGCAGCAGGGGAAAUGCAGGAGUUUGUUCCGUUUGGCCGUGACCACUGCAGGCGCCACCCUAAUGCCACAAACCUGCAGCUGCGGCAGCUGCAGCCUGCCUCGGAGCUGUGGUCGUCUGAUGGAGAUGCGGGGCUGGUGGGCUCGCUGAGGGAGGUUACAAUCCACGAGAAACAAAAGGAGAGCUGGCACCUGAGGAAAGGCUGUUGUGAAAUUGGCGAAGAGCUGGAUUACGAUGAAGAGCUCUAUGUGGCUGGAAACAUGGUCAUCUGGAGCCGAGGAAGUAAGAGUCACGCCUCGUCCGUUUACAAAGCCUUUACAGUGGAUAGCCAAGUCCUGCAGGCUCUAUGGUGCAACUUCAGCAUACCACAGGACAAGACUCAAUGUGCAGAAGCUCAAGAAAAGAGGGAGAGGUGUGUUUGCAUCGUCCAAAAAUCCAGUGUGAACGUGCACACCAUGGACGGGAAGGACUACAUCGCCCCAUUACCUUUCCAGGUUGCAGACAUUUGGGCAACUGCAUUUGGGCUAAUGUUCGAGCGCAGCAAUCCUGUUCUAGAGUUACCUUUAAGUCCCCUGAGGGAGCCGUUGCCCACCAUGUUCAGCAUGCUGCAUCCACUGGAUGAAAUUGCACCCGUCGUUUGUAAACCAGGAGGGUGUGCGGCCAGCGUGACAAGGGUGCAAUAUGUUGCUGACUACACCAUGAAAAUAGUUUUCUCCGGCACAGCACCUUCAAUCAUCUUGACCUACGACACAGUACAGUGUUUGCACACAGUCUGGGCACUACGCAAAAUUAAAACAGAGGAGCAAAACACAGUUCUGAGACAUCCCAGCACAUCGGGGACUCCUCAGCAGAUAGCUACCAGCAGUUCGUUGACUGCUCACCUCAGAAGCGUCUCCAAGGGCGAGUCGCCCAUCGCCUCGCCGUUUCAAAACUUCUCCUCCUUCCCCAGCCAGAACAGAUCCACGGCCUCGCCAGGCACCCACUCUCGCUCGCACUCGCCUUCCAUCUCAAACAUGGCCGCCCUGAGCCGCUCUCACUCCCCUUCGCUGGGAGCUUCAGCUUUCUCUGGCAUUCAGCGAUUCAACCUAUCGACCUACACUCCUUCUCCAAAGCGUGGCCGUAACUCCCAUUCCCCGAACAGCACCCUCAGUGACUCCUUGCUCGUGUCUGAAACGGAGCCGGUCAUUCCAGAGUUGUGUCUUGAGCACCUGUGGACGGAAAACAUGCCCAACAUGAGGGAGAAGAACUCUCAGGCCACUAAAGUGUUUCUCACCAGUGAUCUCUGUGGUCAGAGGUUCCUGUGUUAUCUGGUGGAGUCUCGGCAUCAGCUGAGGUGUGUGAAAUUUGAAGAAAGCAACGAUUUAACUCAGCUCAUUUUUGGAACUGUUACUGUCAUACAAGCAAAGGAUGCUGCCCCUCUGGAGAGUAUCGACACAAUGGUGGUCCUGGAGAGUUGUGGCAAUCUGGUGCUGUACACUGGUGUUAUUCGGGUAGGGAAGGUGUUUAUCGCAGGACUUCCAGCUCCCUCGUUGUCAGUGUCCAACCCAAUGCCACGGCCAAGCACUCCGUUGGGGAGUGUUAGUACUCCGGCCAGAUCUUCCAGCAGACAUCCUGGUGCUCUGGACGAGAACGUGUGGCCCUCUCCAGUUCCAGAGCUGAAUGAUUCCACUAAGAUUCACGACUCGAACUACAUGGAUGAUUGCACCUUCCAUCAGACGGGAACGUAUAUUCACUCUCUUCGGGAUCCUGUCCAAAACAGAGUUACCCUGGAAAUGAGUAAUGGCAAUUUAAUUAGGAUCUCAAUGCCUGAGAUAACAAAUUCUCAACUGGUGAAGAAAUGCUUGCAAGCAAUAAAAUACAUCCUCCCGAAAGAUGUUGCGGUGCAGGUUUUGAUUAAGUGGUACAACACCUACAAUGCUCCCGGAGGACCCAACUAUCAUUCAGAGUGGAACCUGUUUGUGACCUGCCUCAUGAACAUGAUGGGAUACAGCACAGACAGACUUACAUGGACACGUAAUCUUGAUUUAGAAGGCUCACUGUCGCCUGUAAUUGCUGCCAAAAAAGCCAGGCCUUCAGAAGUUGGCUCGGAUGAGGAUUGGGAGUACCUCCUGACGUGUGACUAUCAUCGUAAUUUUGAGUCCCACCUUCUGGCCGGAGCUCUGCAUUUAGAUCCCCUGAAGGUGUUGCGUCCCAAGGAAGAGGCUUUCCCCAACCUCGGUCUGGACUCAUCGACUCUCCUUUUCGGACACAUCCCUGCCAUUUUGUUUGUGCUGCACUUGAUCUACGAGGAGCUGAAGCUGGACAACCUGAUGCGGGAAGGAGCACGUGCACUUGUUGUGCUCCUACACCAGCUGGCCAGGGAUUUGAAACUGGAUGCGUACAUGGAUUCCUAUUGGCGAGACUACCCUUUAUUGGUGAAAAACCUGAAGCAAAGCUGUAAAAUUGAUCAAGCACAAUUGAGACUCAUGAACCAGCCGCCUUUCCUCACAGUGGAACCUCCGAGCAUCUAUCACUGGCUCUGUUCUUGUCUGAAUGGUGACGUUAUGUCUCCUUUUCCAUACCUGCCUGGCAUCUGUGAAAGAACAAAGUUAGUAGUACAGAGUUUUGCAUUGUACACACUUGGUGAUGAAAAUGCACUCUCCCAUGAGCCAUCCUUGUAUUUAUUGAGAAUCGCAGCAGGGCACAGGAAGCAGCAAGUAGAAGAAGACAGCAAAAGGCGCAGCAUGAAUCCAUGCACUAUAUCCGCCACCAGCUUGGCUGCAAAAUUGGUGGUUUCACUGACAAACCUUGGAUUCACUCUGAAGGAUUUGCAGUCGGUUCCCUUUGGGGUGGCUCUGCCGAUACGGGAUGCCAUCUACCACUGCCGAUCCCAGCCUUCCUCGGACUGGUCCGAAGCUGCCUGCUCACUUAUUGGGCGCCAGGAUCUUUCCAAACAAGCGCACGAAGGAAGACUGCACAAGACCAAAUCCGCACUCGGCCACUUGCUGGUAUCUGAUGGAGCUUCUUCAGGAAACGAAGCCGAGGAGGAGGAAGAUGGAAUGAACGACAUGAACCAGGAUUUGAUGUCCUUGAUUUGGAACGAAGAUCUGCGGGUCCAGGAGGUGCGGCGUCUCCUUCAGAGCACGCACCCCGUGCGGGUCAACGUCGUGCAGAUGCCGGAGGUCAGCGACCACGAGUUCAUCGAGGAAAAGGAAAACAGGUUGCUGCAGCUGUGUCAGCGGACAAUGGCGCUUCCUCCAGGGAGAGGGAUGUUCAGUCUCUUCUCCUACCACCCUGUGCCAACUGAACCGCUCCCAAUUCCAAAGUUAAACCUGACUGGCCGGGCCGCGCCUCGGAACACGACCGUUGAUCUGAACAGUGGCAACAUAGACGUGCCGCCCAACAUGGCGAGCUGGGCCAGCUUUCACAACGGGGUUGCCGCCGGGCUGAAGAUCGCCCCCGCCUCCCAGAUAGACUCGGCCUGGAUCGUGUACAACCGACAGAAGAACACGGAGCUGACCAACGAGUACGCCGGCCUGCUCAUGGCGCUGGGACUCAAUGGGCACCUCAGCAAACUGACCACCAUGAGCAUCCAUGACUACCUCAGCAAGGGCCAUGAGAUGACCAGCAUUGGAUUGCUGCUGGGAAUUUCGGCUGCAAAACUUGGCACAAUGGACAUCUCGGUCACCCGCCUGCUGAGCAUUCACAUUCCUGCUCUCUUACCCCCAACCUCAACCGAGCUGGAUGUCCCUCACAACUUGCAGGUCGCUGCUGUAAUGGGCGUUGGGCUUGUAUACCAAGGCACCGCUCACCGGCACAUUGCUGAAGUACUUCUGACUGAAAUAGGUGAGCCAUCUGGCCCUGAGAUGGAGACAUUUUUACGUUAACUUGCAUUGUACCCCUGGCGGCUGGUUCUCGCUCUUGGUAUGGUCUGUCUUGGGCACGGGAGUAAUCUUAUUGGCAUGUCUGACCUGAACGUCCCUGAUCAGCUGUACCAGUACAUGGUUGGUGGCCACAGACGUGCACAAGCUGGGAUCCUCAGGGAGAAACACAAAUCGCCCAGUUAUCAGAUCAAGGAAGGCGACACUGUGAAUGUGGAUGUUACAUGUCCUGGAGCCACUCUGGCAUUAGCCUUACUCUAUUUGAAAACAAACAACAGGUCUAUUGCAGAUUGGCUUCGAGCUCCAGACACUCAGUACUUGCUGGACUUUGUGAAGCCCGAAUUUCUUCUUAUGCGGACUUUAGCAAGAGGAUUAAUCAUGUGGGAUGAAAUAAAGCCAAGCCCAGCAUGGAUUAAUAGCAACGUACCCACAAUUGUAAGGCAGAAUAAUACAUCACUAAACACAGUGGACGGGCAAGCGCCAGAAGAUGUAGACAUACAAACCAUGCGCCAAGCUCACACCAACAUUAUAGCCGGUGCCUGUAUGGCAAUGGGCCUGCGAUUUGCGGGCUCUUCCAAUGCAGCAGCUUUCAAUUGUCUGUAUAAAUACGUGAAGAUGUUCCUGGAGUCUGUGUCUUCGCCUGUGGCAGUGCUGGCUGGUCACCACAACCUGGAGACGUGUCUGAGUGUGGUUCUGCUGUCCCUUGCCCUGGUGAUGGCGGGUACUGGGAACCUGAAGGUCCUCCAGCUGUGUCGAUUCAUGCACAAGCGGACCGGAGGAGAGAUGAAUUAUGGCUUCCACAUGGCCACUCACAUGGCCCUUGGCCUCCUCUUCUUGGGAGGUGGAAGAUAUUCCUUGUGCACAACCAACUCAGCAAUUGCAGCUCUGCUCUGUGCACUGUAUCCUCACUUUCCAGCUCACAGCACUGACAAUAGGUAUCACCUUCAAGCGUUGAGGCACUUGUACGUGCUUGCUGCCGAGCCACGGCUCCUGGUACCUGUCGACGUGGAUACCAACACACCGUGCUACGCCCUCAUCAAGGUCACCUACAAGGCUUCUCAGUGGAGUGAUGAAAUGACAGUAAACUUGAUGGCGCCUUGCCUUCUUCCUGAACUACACCUGCUGAAAGAGAUCAAAGUAAAAGGCCCCAAAUACUGGGAAAUUAUGAUGGAUCUCUUGAAAGGAGCUCAAAGUUUACAAUCAAUCCUAUCGAAAGAUGGUUUUCUCUACGUCAAGCUCCGAGCGGGCCACCUCUCCUACACCGAGGAUCCGAAAGGGUUUCGCAGUCUUUUAGCUCAAACAUUCACUCAUAGAAACCCUGAGUUCCUAUCGAUCAAGCCAGAAGCUGUCUCGGCUUUCACCUCCGACCCAGCUCUGCUUUCGUUUGCCGAGUAUUUCUGCAAACAUUCAAAGAAAGACGGGGAGAAACAGGAAGUGCUGGAUUUGCUUUCAUCCAUCCUCUAUGAGUGUGUUACUCAAGAGAAGCCGGAAAUGUUGCCCACGUACAUGGCCGUUGACCAGGCAGUCAGGAGAUUAGAACGGAAAGAAAUGUCGGAAACGUUUGAGUUGUGGCAGAUGAAACUAGUGCAGCAGUUCUAUAACUCCACUUCACUCCAAACGAACUUCAAAAACAGCAGCACUGGACUUCUGAUCAAUUCUGAGUUUCUCCUUGCCAUGAAGAGCUCCUUGGACUGUACUCUAGAUCAUUGGCUACAUGCAUCGGGAGACGUGCUGUUACAUUCCUACCUAAGUAGUCAGCCAGUGGAGGAAUCACAGAUCGCAAUGCUGGCUUGUUUUUUGGUCUAUCAUUCUGUGCCAACGCACCAGCAGAUGACAGCAAACGGAAUUGAAGGUACUACGGGAUUUUCCCAACUCCUGCUGAAGUUUAGCCAGCUGCGUUUACCUGUGCAGGCCUUGUUGAGGUUAGCUCCGGUGAUUCUGGGGAAUCCACAGGCCAUGUUGGUUUGAUGACCUCUGACCCCGACUAACAGCUCAAGAACCUGCGGGGCCCAUCAAUGGAAUCACCGCUGUCUGAUUAUGGAGUUGAUUGUCCUGACACUAAAACACAUUACGAAACAAGUAAACCCCACCAUUUGUUACCGUGCGUCACCAUCAAGUUGUAGGUUUGUAUCUGUUAAACAAAUUUGGCUCGAAUCAGUGAAUAAAGAUGUCUACUUUUUGCA